CAGGAAGUGAAACAGAGGAAUCAACGUGAAUGUCAGGUGAAAGCCAAGCAAGCCGGUUCAUGCUUAAAUCGCCAUCAAACUUAUGGUUUUAUGUCUUAAAAACUUGGCGCCGCGUAUGCUUUAGUGGUUUAGAAGUCGUGAUGUUAGUAAGAUGUUUCGGACUGCCGCACAAACGUGUUAUGUUGCUUCCGCCUCUCGUAGAGUUUUGCUAAAAACUCUGAGACAUUUCUGCAAAAAGGCGCCGAGGAAGCUUCGAGUCGCUGAAGCAAUUUCAGGCACUGGCUUGGAAGCAAACGUCCAAGUGCAGGGAUGGGUUCGCUCCGUCAGAUCGCAGAAGGCAAAUGUAUUCCUGGAUGUCAACGACGGCAGCUGUCUGCAGUCGCUGCAGAUCGUCGGCAGUCCUGAGCUGAACCAUCCGCUGCUCACAUUCGGGAGCGCCGUUGAGGUUCGAGGCAUCCUGAAGAAAAGUCUGCACCCCAAACAGCCCGUGGAGCUCCAAGCGGAGCACAUCGACCUAGUUGGACAAUGUAACCCUUUGGAUUUCCCGUUUAAAAUCAAAGAGCGCCACAAGCUUGAGUACAUCCGCCAGUUCCCUCACCUCCGCGCCAGAACAAACGCCUUCGGCUCCCUGCUGAGGAUACGCGGCGAGGCCACUUCGGCCGUUCACUCCUAUUUCAAGGAAAAUGGCUUUGUGCACAUUCACACGCCGAUCAUCACCUCCAACGACUGCGAGGGGGCCGGCGAGCUCUUUCAGAUCGAGCAUUCCUGGCCGCAGAACAGCAAGGAUGAGAAUUUCUUCUCGGUUCCGGCCUACUUGACCGUGUCUGGGCAGCUCCAUUUGGAGGUCAUGGCAGGGUCAUUUUCCAGAGUCUACACAUUCGGGCCGACAUUUCGCGCCGAGAACUCCCAGAGCCGACGCCAUCUGGCGGAGUUUUACAUGGUGGAGGCGGAGGUGGCCUUUACGCGCUCCCUCGAGGACCUCAUGGAGGUCAUGGAGGACAUGUUCAAAUGGACCACCGAGCACGUGUUGGAGCGCUGCGCUCAAGACGUGGACUUGUUCCAUAAGCAUGUGACACCGGGACACAGGGAUGCCGUGGAGGCCAUGCUGAAGGAGAAAUUCCACGUGAUGACCUACAGUGAGGCAAUAGAAAUCCUUAAGCGAAGCUCGCAGACGUUCGCCUUCCCCACAAACUGGGGCUGCGACCUUCACACGGAGCACGAGAAGUAUCUGGUGAAACACUGUGGCACGCGUCCACUCUUUGUCACCGAUUAUCCGUACCAGCUCAAGCCGUUCUACACCAGAGACAAUCGGGACCAUCCCCAGCACACGGCGGCUGCUGUGGACCUUCUGGUGCCCGGCGUUGGGGAGCUGUGCGGGGGCUCGCUGAGAGAGGAGAGGCUGGACCUGCUGAGGGCUCGCCUGGAAGAGGUCGGAUUAGAGGACACCUAUGACUGGUAUUUGGAUUUGAGGCGUUUUGGUUCCGUCCCUCAUGGUGGCUUCGGAAUGGGGUUCGAGCGAUAUCUGCAAUGCAUUCUGGGAGUAGACAACAUCAAAGAUGUGAUUCCUUUCCCCAGAUUUUCACAUUCUUGUCUGCUGUAGUCUCAUUUGAGUCUCCUUUCGAAAUGAAUAUUAUUAAAUGAAUAAAUUUGUCAUAAAUUAU